AUGUCUGCCGUGGCAUCUAGACCCGCGUCGGUCGCCAAUUCGUUCUUCGAGUCUGACGGCCGACCUAGCAUAGAGCCCAUCAACAAGACCACGGAGCUCGCUCGCGCCAUUGGUCGCGAGAGGGAAGGGCUCGUCCCCUCUUUCCGCCCACCGAGCAGCUGGACACAAAGAUCCAGCCAUCACGACGUCGUCUGGACCGGCGGCCAAGACCACGAUCAAGAUGCAAACGACGAUCGAUUCUCCGACGCCGAGAGCUGGGACGGCGACGCCGACAAAGCAUCCACCGAUCCUACAACCAGCGUCUAUGGCCACGUCCGUCCCACCAGCAUCGGAAGCUCCAUCUUUGCCGGACGCGGCGCCAAGUCUGAUCGCAGGCGUCGCGAGGCUCCACCGCCUCUUCCCAACCUGCCAGCGUCUCAUCAGCAUCAGCAGGACAUCCUCUUCCAGGGCGGCGAUGCGGCACGGCUGCUCAGCCCGGCCCUCCCGUCCGCCCACAGCAUGAUCAGUCCGCGCAGCGAUGCAAGCGGCUUCGACACGAGCAGCCAGUAUAGCGGCUACGAUGGCAAGAGUAAUACAGUCGAGCAGGACCACCUCGCAGAUGGAUUCGACAUCCAGAACGCCUCAAUCCCAAAGAAUCACUCACUUCCUUUGCGCAACUCAUCCAAGCAUGCGCCUCCCAUCCCCGCCAAGGCCGCGUCCAGAGGCAGUAACGAGUCACCACGCCGAGCUGGCUCCGACGCCGAGAAUAGCCCGCCUCGCGCUUCUACAGCGUCCAACGCUAAGACCAACAGGCUGCCUGAUGGCACCCUCAUUCCCAAGAUGCCUCCCGUUCCCCAAACCAGCGACAUGACGCGCUCGCGCAAGUCAAAGACACGACGCGACCGGUCUCCCAUCUUGUCCUUCGACGGCGGCGUAGCAGAGGAGGAAAGGAUGCUUGUCGAGCUCCAAAACAGGCUCGCCAAUGACACCCGCAGAGUCAGCACGCUCGGUCCCAAGGUCAAGAAGAACGCGCCGGCUCCCUGGGAAAUGGGUGGAGAAGACAUUGCAACUACGGCGGGUCGACCAUCCCUGCGUGAAGCACUGCGUCCAAACGUAGAGACGUUCGAAAAGCCCUUUUCUCGAUUCAAGUCGAGGCCUUCCAUCGACGCCGGGCUUCCAGGCCACAGAAGCCCCAUCCCGCCUCACGCACCUUCGGGUCUCUCGCACGCUUCGCACGCUUCCAAUGCCGAAUCGCUGGAACAGGAGGCCCAACACGAGGACGAUGUACAGACGCAAAUCGUGUCUCAACGAUCGCGAUCCAAGAGCGUCUCAAGCAGCGCCGUUGGCAUGUUGAAAGGUCUCGGUCUCGCUGGCGCUGCAGCGCCAGCCUCCAAGAAGGGCAAGCUCACAAAAGCGCUACGCCUCGUCGGCGGCGGUGGCAGCUCUCAGCCUUCCACGUCGCCGCUUCCGGAGCUUCCCGCAGCAGGCGAUGCCAGCCACGCCGGCUCGAGUCCUGUUCCUCCUACGAGCUUUGCAAGUGACCUGCCGCAGAGCCGUUUGACUCGCCAUCUCCAUGGAGGAGCCAAUCCGAUGCCGUCCGCGAGCAAGGCUCAGGCCGAUCUCGUUGAUUUGAUCGCCUCCAGCAAUACCAAAUUCCGCGAUCAGGCCUGCUCUCCGCCACUACCAUCACCUUCUUCGCACCUCGGCGGCGUCCGCUCGCUGGCGUACAAGAAAGACACGCUGAGCCCCACCGACACGUCCAGCUUUGCAAGCGAGCAGAGUCAUUACUUCAACUCGCUCGACCAAUCCCGAUCACGAACGCCGCCUACACGCCAAGUCAGCCUAGCCUCACACUCGGCAGCCUCCGCCGAAGAUAUCGCGCCACGCAGCAGCAGUCUGGAAGGCGAGGCUGCGGUCGGCUCUACGCCUCACCAGGGCGAGUCCACGCCCGUCGGCAAGGCCGCUGCAGUGAGUUCUGCUCCGGCCCGACCUGCUUCGCCAUCGACACUUCAGGCUGGAAGGAUGUCUGCCUCGUCCAGUCAAACAUCAGGCAGCCUUCCCCUGCCCGGCAACAUCGAAGGCGUGCCGUACAAGCUCAUCUCGCUCGAGGAAGCUCGCGAGCAGGCUCGGCAGAAGCAGUCUGAGUGGCUCGCCUCGUCAGGUGCUGCCUCGACGAUGCGAACGACAUCGUAUCAGUCUUCAGGUGGUCCUGCUUCCGAUGAGAUGGGCAUGCAGCGUGACCCAUCGAGCGAUGGCCAAUCUAGCCUGCGGCUGCUCAAGAACAAGAAGAGCGGCUUCUUGAUGCGCAAGCUCAAGAAGGAAAAGGCGUUCGGUGUCGAGCUCGAUGGCGUUUCCACCUUCCCGUCGAGUGGGAGCAGCAGAGGCCUGUCGCAUUCGAGCAAGUCGCCCAUGCCUUCUUUCUCCGUCACUGGUCUGGAGGAUGAAGAGAGCGACGAGUUGAAGCCGCUCACCUCGCUCGAGAAGCCCGCGUUGCAAAUCCGUCCCAUGUCGUCCAUGUUCUCCGGCUUCGCGCCCGACUUUCUGGAUGCCUCUGCGCUGUCGGAGGGUCACCUACGCGAGGCGUCGAACGGUUCGUCGGCCAGCUCGACGGGACUGCUUGCUCCGCUCAGCCCCGGCGCUCAAUCUUUCCGAACGCCCUCGCCGGCAUUAACUCAGGUCAGCCAGUUCUCGUCCGGCGCCAGCACGAGCAAGCCCAGGCCUGCCGAGAUCCGGCCCCCACCGCACGGCAGCGUGGUUCCUGGUCCUGCCGUGCCUGGCUCUGCCGACAGCAACUGGAGCGGCAAGGGUGGAGCCUCGGGAAUCAGUCGACUGCCGAGCCUCGACGCGGGCGGGAGCACGUCUGACACUCAAUCGCAGUUCCAUUCUCCGGCCAACUCUCCGCUUACGCCUUCGUUUCACCACUCUGUGCACGCGCCUGAACGGCGAGCGUCGAUCGAGGAGACGGCAGCUCUGUCGCCUCCAGCGAGCCCGCAGAUCCCGGAAGAGGUGCGACAGCGUGCACGCGACAUCGAAGCGCAGAUCCAGGAACUCUGCAAUGAGCUUCACGAUCUUCGCGUCAAACACGUGGGCCAGGGCACUGCACCUACGUUCAGACCGAGCGAGACCGAGGAAGGAGAGCAGCCCAAGGAGCAGCGAGCUACCGGCGACUGUCCUUCGUGCGGCUGCGGCUGCGCUGAACAGCGGCGUCUGCAGAGCAUCAACGAAGCGGCGGUGCUCAAGGGCAUCAGCGUGCUCGAUCGAGGACGUGCGCUGAAACCCUCGCCCAACAUGGGCAACACUGGCAAAUUCGGCGGCUAUACCAACCGCUGA